ACUCAGUUUAUUAUAGCUUUAAAUAACUACCUGACUGCUGUGCUGCUUAUCCCCAGACAUCUACAGUUCCAUUCAAAGUUAUUUCAGAGUAAAAUGAAUACAAGUGAGACAGACCUUACAUUACCUCUAUGGAUCUGACUGGGGAUAGGUUAGGUUAAUUCACUUGAAGUGGUAAACAGUCUGGUUAUGUUUUGUUUAUUCUCUUGGUAAACUAUCUCGAAGGACGAGGCUGUGACGGUAAAUUUGACAGCGGUGCGUUCAGACACACUCGGAAAUUCCAUGGUUGAAUAUGGAGAUUUUGUUGCUCUGUUGUCAUGCGGUAAACGAGGGGCGUUCAAGGAUCGUCGGAAAGUUGAAUUUUUUAAUUUUUAAAAUUAUAUUCGGGCUAAUUAAAUAAUAUCCGGGGCUUUAGCCUAGUGACGCCACUGCUUCUCUCCAACUCCGGUCAGCUUAAUGGCAAAAUUUGAUAACCUUGGAGAGGGGAGGGGCGGGCCGAGGAGGGCUGAGAGAUUUCAUUGGACUAGCCCAAUGUCUUUCAAGAAAAUCAACCAAUGGGCUGCGUUUCCUGUCUCAUAUACAGUCGUGGUCGAUAAAAAAUAAUAUACUCUUUUAAUUAAAUUAUGACAGCCCCGGGCCGGCCCAACAAUGUGCAUCAGCCCACCGGGUAUUGCCCGGUACGCCCAAUUGGCCUGUCCAUGCCUGUUUUACACCACAGGUUACACUCACUGCAUUCACACUGAUGACAGAGGCUACAAAGCCCCCAUUUAGACAAAUAUCACACAGAAACCAGAUAACAGGAAGCAGAGUCGACCAGAAGACGUUUACUGCAGCGUUUACAGCAGACCAUCAGUUGUUUGACAGAGCUUACAAUCUGGUUCUAGACAUUUUUUCACCAUGACACCAAAGUCCUGCUUCACCAUCCUUCAUGUGUCCAUCUUGGCUGCGACACUUCUCACUUUGGAAGUUUCCUGUACAGAUGAAUGUGAAGUUCAAAUUAAAGUACGCCGAUACACAGAAUAUAAAGCUCACCUUGGAGAAGAACUAAAGAUUGAAUGUCCAGUUACGUUCUGCAACGAUUCACCACCUGAAAUCUCCUGGGUUAAACUCGAAGAAACUGGUGAUCCUAUAAACAUUAGCGGGAGAAGUCGCUUCAAAUCAGAGUGGAAAACUUUGAAGCAUUUAGAGGGAGUUUCAGUUUUGAUCAUUCAAAACUUUGUCAGAAACGACUCGGGUAUAUAUCGGUGUAAAUGUGGUUCCAGUGUUGGACAUAAAAUCAAUGUUUCUGUCAAUGAUAGUGUUGAACUCAUCACCGACCAAUCGACAACUUCAGAGCCACGGAGACCAGAAACUGAGGACGCUUUCUGGCCUUUUGUGUGUCGUGUUGUUGGACUCUUGGUGUUUGUCGCCAUAGUGAUUGCUAUGUUUGUCACCUCACAGUCUUUGCGUAAAGGUGUCCGAUGUGGAGGAGGAUCCAAAGACACACCAGCAGAUCCAAACAGCCAGCCUUCCCAUCAGGCUUUGCCUAUGGAUCAUAUCUAUGAUAGUGUUCAGUAGUCCUCAUGUCAGAGGUACAAAGUUAAACGUUACAAUGCUGGGUUAAGAACAUACAACAGCAUUUAUUAUUGAUUGUUUUUUGUGACUCGUGGAAGUCAAUUUGUGCUUGUGAAUUUCUGCAAAUGAACCUGUAGUGAUACAAGAAGUGACAUUUCUAUUGCUUUCAAACCGCUGUAUAUGAGAUCGAACCUGUGUGUGUGUGUGUGUGUGUGUGUGUGUGUUUUGCUUCCUCUGUAGGUGACAAACUUUGUGCACAAAUCCCCUGCAAGAUAUAUUAUUUUGGUUAUCUGUAUCGCAUUGUGGAGCAGACGCACUGAUGCCAGGAAGCAAAAUGUAACCACACGUCACAUAUUGAGAGACAAAAGACAAGAGGAUGUGUCGUAACAUGAAAGAAUACGCAGCCCUCAACUUAUCACCCAUCUGUUCUAGGAAUCUUAUUUCACUCUAAAAUAUAAAUUAUAAAUGUGAUUUUACCACUUGACAUACAGCCCAAUAUUAAAGAUUCACUGAAGAAAUCUAGUUUCUUAAACUGACAAAUGAAAACAACAGCCAAUCUGUCAGUCAAAGCAGCCCCGCCAAAUUAUAAUAUAAUUACUAGCCUUCAAAAAAGAUUUUUCAUAAAUUCUUAAAAUUCAUAAAAAUUCACCCUGUAAAGUUUGUGCAAAUAAAUAAAUGAGCUGUCAAAACCAAACCUGUUUUGUAGCAGCUUUAAAUGUGUUUAUUUCUGCUGUAAUAACAGUUUUAACAUGUGAUCUAAUGGGGUUUCCUCGGCUUUAGUGGACACUUGAGGAAAUGCAGUUUUUUGGGCCUACAGAUUGACUUCAUUUUUUUAACACCAAAAGGUUUCAACUAAUUUAAUGUUAGCUUAAGUGCUUUAUGUUCAUUUCUAUUCAGUAUGUCAUGGUUGGAAAUGACUGAAUUUGAUGAAUAUCUCCUUUCAGAUUGCGUCUUUAUGUCAGAAACAUCCACAUGUGCACAUCAGAUUGUGUCUUGGCUUAUUACUCAUUACAUGCAAAUAAAAAUACACACGUUCCAAA